AUGUCUGAGAGCGUAGCUAGCCAACCGAGGGAACCUGCCAAAGGAAAAGCCCGCAAGACAGACCCGAACGCCCCGGUGCGAAAACGUCGCAAGAGAACGGUCGUGAGCGGCGCCCCCGAUGACUGCUUCACGUGCUCAAAAAGAGGAGCGCGAUGUGACCGACGCCGCCCGUAUUGCUCCCAGUGUCUCGAACUCGGCCGCGAAUGUUCCGGAUACAAGACGACGUUGACAUGGGGAUUGGGAGUGGCGAGUCGAGGCAAGCUCCGGGGCCAGAAGCUUCCGGUGAUGGACUCAGCGGCAGAGGCUUCAAAAAAGCCGGCACAACCGAAGCCGACCGCGCAGGCGCCCCUUCAGCAUACUCAGAAUCAGCCUCAAGUCUCACAUCCGCCAGCUCCGAUUCCAGUCCCGGCACCUCCGGUUAGCAUGAGUUCCGAACAUAUGGAUGCCGGGAUGUUGAACCCGGUGGACACCGAUCUGCGACGUACAUCUGCGAUGUCAAACAUGUCGGAAACGUCGAGUAUGCCUUGGACAAUGGAUAUGCCGGACCCGCGUACAUGGACCAACUCACCCGCCGUCCCGCCUCCAAUAUCAGGCCUCCCAUUGCCGAGUCGGCCGGUUGCUUCUAGUCGAUUGAGUCCAAGCAUGCAAAGCGUAGUAAGCGUGGGAUCGGAUGUUUCAAUGCCGUAUCCUGGAUUUAGCCCAGAGACCACUUUCGCUAGCCCCAACUGGUCUGUUGCCAGAAAUUGGGCCCCGCAAGUGGCAACACCAAGUGAAGAUGCUGAUGAGGAGUAUGAAAGAGCAACACCCGAGCAAUCGAUACGGUGGGAUGCUGGCCAUUCACCGUCGUAUUCCCAGCUACUUCUGGCACGAUCCAUAGGCCGCACCCCUCGUCUCCGUUAUCUCAUCAGCUAUUUCACCGAGGUCAUCGCGCCGAUGAUUGUGGCUUUUGAUAGUCCAACAAAUCCCUUCAAGACCCACGUGCUUCGUCUGGCCCAGGAGAGCGAAUCCUUGCAGGAGGCUAUUGCUACGUUGUCAACCAGCAACUUGCGGCAGCGUCGGGAACGAAAUCAUCUUUCCACGGAAAGGACUUUACCUGCGCGCAUGUCAUCGAUGGCUCAUCGUGCUCUCACCGAUGAGGCAUUCCAAGAUCGAUAUGGUAUCUCCGUACCCGAGGGCUACGCUCGCGAAGAAAACCACCACCGAGCAAUGGCCGUGAAAGCUCUAAACGCCGAUCUGGCGGAUCCUCGUCGCAGAUUAUCGGAUUCGGUAUUAGCGACUUUGUUGGUUCUCUGCCUGUUUCAUGGAUGUGACACAGGCGUUGCCGAGUUUCGGUCGCAGUUUGCCGGUGUUACGCGGUUGCUCGCCAUUCGAAUGCGCCACUCUCCUGUCUUGACUGAUGACCUGAAAUGGUUUAUCCGCAUGUUCUCCUGGUUUGAUACAUUGACUGCUACCACAAAUGAUCGUGAUGUACAGCUUCGUGGAAGAUGUUUGGAUAUCAGCUCCAUAUCAGACGGGGAAUGGGGUCUUGAGAAUCUGGCAGGCUGUGAUGGCCGUUUAUUCAAGCUCAUUUCCCAGUUGGGGCGGUUGAACCUUCUAAGUCAGGAACAACAACCCACCGAGCCAAAUCGACCAGCCGAUGUUUCUGUUCCUACUACGUCCCUCCCUCCGGCCAUGCUGUUCCCCGGCUGGGACUCUGUCACCGGGCUCUCUGGACCAGGGUUCUCUGCUGGACCCGACUACGCGUUCUCUAUGCCCACUCCACCUCAAAGUAGCGAUCAGGCAAGAAAACCAUCUUCUCCUGCCUUUUGGACCGAAUGGUACUCGCUGCGCCAACGCCUCGAAUCCUGGCGAUUCGAUCCACCCUCUUCAACUUCAAUGCCUUCUCCACCUCCCACCGCCGCAUCAACAAUACCCACUUGGAAUUCUCCAAAUUUCAUCCCAGACCCUUCUCCUCCCUCGGUUCCCUCAGUGACGUACCAUGUGGCCCCUGAGAAUCUACAAGAUGUCUACCAGAUUUCUGAAUGUUUCCGUCACGCUGCUCUCCUGUACUGCGAGCGCCUUGCGGAGCCAAGUCUGCCAUCACAACACCCACGUAUUCAGCACCUCGUGCACCUUGCUAUGCACUGUCUUCGUGCUGUGCAAUCCGAUGUCUAUCUUCUUUGGCCGCUCUUUAUUGUGGGCUCAGAAUGUGUUCAAGAGGAUCAUCGUGCAGCCAUCCGUGACCGUUGCAAGGAUAUCUCGAAGGAUUCCGGAUUUGUGAACAAUCUUUCCUGUCUGGAACUGCUGGAAAAGAUCUGGUCAGAGCAUUCCGAAGACGCCUCAUAUCCGGUUUAUCCCUCUGAGCUGGGUCCUCCGCCUCCACUGGAUGGAAGCUCGAGUUCCAUUACGUCUCAGGCAUUCCGCUGGUCCCGUGUCAUGCAGGCCAAACGGGGCGGUGGUGAAUAUAUGGUGGCAUAA